AUGGCUAGAACUUUGCGUACAUUCUUCUUCUUCAGGGAGGUUGAAAAGAAUGUUUCAUUUCAACGAUUCAAGAGCAUGCGUAUCCUAAUACUCAAAAGAUUUGGAAUAAAAAAGAUAGACGAUUCAAUUGGAGGGUUGGUGCAUCUCAGGUAUCUUGAUUUGUCAUAUACAGAGAUCCAUGUUCUUCCUGAAACUAUUGGUAAAUUAUACCACUUGCAAACUCUGAAGUUGCAAAGUUGCUAUAGUCUCAACAAGUUUCCAGAAUCCAUGAGAAAUUUGAUAAGCCUAAGAUUUUGUAAAUCUGUAGAAAGCAUUCCCAACAAUAUCGUGGGACAAUUGACUUCUCUUCGAACAUUAGUGCCUAAUUCCUUUAGCGUGCUUAGAAAUGAGGGACAUGGUAUUAAAGAGCUAGGCCGUUUGAAACACCUCAGUGGAAAGAUCUGUAUUUCCAAUCUAGAAUAUGUUAGGAGCAAAGAGGAUGCUGUCAAGGCAGAUUUAUCUGGAAAAAAAAAUUUAAACGAGAUUGAAUUCGAAUGGAAUACAAGUUAUGGAAACCACAAGGAAGUAUUGGAAUGCUUGCAACCCCCUGGAGAUGUGAAGAUAUUGACAAUCAACAAAUUUUCUGGUGAUAAUUUUCCGGAAUGGGUAAUGAAGAUGGCAGUCAAUAUUGAUGGGAAAGAGACGCCCCUUGACAAGCUGGUGUCAGUUGGAUUAUAUUACUGCACUGGCUGUCUAUCUUUUCCAAUGCUUGAUCACCUACCACAUCUUCAAGAUCUUGUAAUAAGCAAUAUGGAAAGCUUGGCAUGCUUAAGGAGUUCCGAUGUUACCAGAUCAACGGAGCCUUUGUCUCUAUCGUUGAGAUCGCUCCAACUAUCUUUUUUGAAAAGACUGGAAAAGUGGAUAGAUGGAGCACCCAACAGCUCAAAAAUGAUAUCGCCUGUCCUUGAGAGGUUGGAGAUUACUUAUUGCCCAAAGAUUAUUCUCUUAGAUGAAUGCCAUCCCCAUCCUCUAGUUUCCUUAAGUAUAUGUUACUGCACAGGUCUGGUGUCCAUUAAGAGCAUACGAGGCCUCACAUCUCUUGUUUCUUUAUAUAUCAAUAAUUGUCCUAGUCUUUUAGAAAUAACCAAUUUGCCCAAACAGUGUCAUUCUUUGAAGACUUUGGACAUUACACAUUGCCUCAAACUGACUUCCUUGCCUCACAAAAUGUUCGACUGUUUUGCCUUCUUAAAUGAGUUGGAACUUGGUCCGUUCUCAAAGGAGCUCAAUUCUUUCCCGAGUCUCCAAGGCAUCCAGAAGUUAAGAAACCACCUUCACUUGUUGGAAUUGAGAGGUUGGGAUCAUUGGGAGUCAAUGCCAGAAGAAAUACAACACCUCACGUCACUGACUCGGUUACAAAUACAUAAAUUCGGAAUACAAGAGCUGCCUAUGUGGUUAACCAACAUGUCAUCUAUUCGAGAAAUGAGUUUCAUUUCUUGCCAUAGGUUAGAUGAAGAAAAAGUUAAACAGGGAGCCCCACGAGAAGCUAAUGAUAUCAGUUUAAAUAAUUCUACACAAGAUAUUAAUUAG